GUAUAUGAUGACCAACCAAAUGCACAUCAGAGAUUUAUGGAAAAACUAGAUGCCUGCAUACGUAACCAUGACAGGGAGAUAGAAAAGAUGUGCAAUUUUCACCAUCAGGGCUUUGUGGAUGCCAUUACAGAACUUCUUAAAGUUAGGGCUGAUGCAGAAAAAUUGAAGGUCCAAGUUACUGAUACCAACCGAAGGCUUCAGGAUGCUGGGAAAGAGGUGAUAGCCCAAACAGAGGAAAUCAUCCGAUGCAGAGUUCAGCAAAGGAAUAUUACAACAGUUGUGGAAAAACUACAGUUGUGUCUUCCAGUGCUGGAAAUGUACAGCAAACUAAAAGAACAGAUGAAUGUAAAAAGAUACUAUUCUGCUUUAAAAACAAUGGAACAGCUAGAAAAUCUGUAUCUUCCUAGAGUUAGCCAAUACCGGUUUUGCCAGAUAAUGAUAGAAAAUCUUCCAAAACUGCGUGAAGAAAUAAAAGAAAUAUCAAUGUCAGAUCUAAAGGAUUUCUUGGAAAGUAUUCGAAAGCAUUCUGACAGAAUUGGGGAAACUGCCAUGAAGCAGGCACAGCAGCAGAAAACCUUUAGUACCUCUCUUCAGAAGCAGAAUAAUGUAAACUAUGGUCGGAAUAUGCAUUUAGGUAGAAGCAGAAUUCUGGAAUCCAAGAAUGAAAUUACAUUGAAGAGAACGUUUGAAGAAGAUGAUGAACAUGAAGAAGAGGUGUUAACUGCCCAAGAUCUUGUAGACUUUUCUCCAGUCUAUAGAUGUUUGCACAUUUACUCUGUUUUGGGUGAUGGAGAAAUAUUUGAAAAUUACUACAGAAAACAAAGGAGGAAACAAGCAAGAUUAGUUCUGCAGCCACAGUCAAGCAUGCAUGAAACAGUAGAAGGCUAUAGAAGGUACUUCAGCCAAAUUGUAGGCUUCUUUGUAGUAGAAGACCACAUUUUACAUGUAACCCAAGGAUUGGUAACAAGAACAUAUACUGAUGAACUCUGGAACAUGGCCCUUUCCAAGAUCAUUGCUGUUCUUAGAACACAUUCAUCCUAUUGCAGUGAUCCUGACCUUGUUCUGGAACUGAAGAAUCUCAUUGUAGUAUUUGCUGACACUUUGCAGGGCUAUGGUUUUCCUGUGAACCGACUAUUUGAUCUUUUAUUUGAGAUAAGAGACCAAUACAAUGAGACACUUCUUAAAAAGUGGUCUGGAUUGUUCAGGGAUAUUUUUGAAGCAGACAACUACAGCCCUAUUCCUGUAGCAAAUGAAGAAGAAUACAAAAUAGUUAUAAGCAAAUUUCCUUUUCAAGAUCCAGAACUUGAUAAGCAAUCCUUUCCAAAGAAGCUUCCAAUGUCUCAGUCAGUGCCUCAGAUUUAUAUCCAGGUUAAGGAAUUUAUUUAUGCAAGCCUUAAAUUUUCAGAGUCACUUCACCGCAGUUCAACAGAAAUAGAUGAUAUGCUCAGAAAAUCUACAAAUUUGCUGCUUACAAGAACUCUAAGUAGUUGUUUACAGAACCUAAUUAAAAAACCUCAUAUAGGUUUAACAGAGCUUGUUCAAAUCAUCAUAAACACAACACACCUGGAACAAGCCUGUAAAUACCUUGAGGAUUUUAUAUCUAACAUUACAAAUAUUUCACAAGUGACUGUUCACACUGCAAGACUUUAUGGACUUUCUACAUUUAAG